UGUUCUGUUUGUGUGUCACUCCAGUUACCCGUACAGUGAAGACAGCAGUCAGGGGAAGCAGUACAUGAACACCAGAUGCCCCGCCUGGUGUGACCGAAUCCUCCUGUCGUCCUCCGCCAGAGACCUGGUCCUAAAGCCUGAAAAUGAAGAGAAGUCCAUAGUGUAUGAUAACAUCGGGCCCAAUGUCUGCAUGGGGGACCACAAGCCCGUCUUCCUGUCCUUCCGAAUAACAGCGGGGGCAGGGAAGUGUUGCCAAAGGGGGGAGCAGAUAUUCCGUGAAGCGCCUCUGUGAGAAGAAACAAACAGGACACCAACACACACAUGCAAACACACACGCACAAAUACACACAC